GCAGCGCCGGAUCCUCCGUCGCACGGGCUUGGGCUGCUCUCGCUCCUCCUCCGGUUCCCCUUCUGCCCGCCGCGGCCCGGUACCAACCGGUGGGUCCUCCAACAGGGCUGUCCAUGCCCCACGCUCCCCGGGCGGGCGGAGUGUGUACUCGAAGCACGUGCUUUAGCCAUGGCGACGGAUCAAGUGAAUGCGCUGUGCGAGGAGCUGGUGAAAGCGGUGACGGUCAUGAUGGACCCCACCUCCACCCAGCGCUACCGGCUGGAAGCCCUCAAGUUUUGUGAAGAAUUUAAAGAAAAGUGUCCUAUCUGUGUUCCCUGUGGCUUGAAGCUGGCUGAGAAAACUCAGAUUGCCAUUGUCAGACAUUUUGGUCUUCAGAUCCUGGAACAUGUUGUCAAGUUUCGGUGGAAUACCAUGUCUCGAUUGGAGAAGGUCUACCUGAAGAACAGUGUCAUGGAGCUGAUUACAAAUGGAACAUUGAGCAUUUUGGAAGAGGAGAACCACAUUAAAGAUGUCCUGUCUCGAAUUGUGGUAGAGAUGAUAAAGCGAGAGUGGCCACAGCACUGGCCUGACAUGCUUGUGGAGCUGGAUACUCUCUCCAGGCAAGGGGAAACUCAGACAGAAUUAGUGAUGUUCAUCCUUCUGCGACUGGCAGAGGACGUAGUGACCUUUCAGACACUUCCCCCUCAAAGAAGAAGGGAUAUUCAGCAAGCAUUAACUCAGAACAUGGAAAAGAUCUUCAGCUUUCUGCUUAACACACUCCAGGAAAAUGUCAACAAGUACCAGCAAAUGAAGACUGAUACUUCUGAGGAGUCCAAGGCUCAAGCACACUGUCGAGUAGGAACAGCAGCACUGAGUACUCUUGCAGGCUACAUUGACUGGGUAUCCAUGACUCACAUUACCACUGAAAACUGUAAGCUCCUAGAGGUACUAUGCUUGCUUCUGAGUGAACAGGAACUUCAAUUGGGAGCAGCUGAGUGUCUACUCAUUGCAGUCAGCAGAAAAGGCAAAUUGGAAGACCGGAAGCCCUUGAUGGUCUUAUUUGGAGAUGUUGCCAUGCAUUAUAUUCUCUCUGCUGCACAUUCCAUUGCAGCUUCUCGAGCUCAGCAAGGAGAGGUGAUGAGGUUGGCCUGUCGUUUGGAUCCCAAGACCAGCUUCCAGAUGGCUGGGGAGUGGCUAAAGUAUCAGCUUUCAAGUUCUGUUGAAUCAGGGACAAUAAACUCUGGAACUGGAGAGGGAAGCCUCUGCUCCAUCUUCUCACCUUCAUUUGUGCAGUGGGAAGCCAUGACCUUUUUCUUGGAGAGUGUGAUCAACCAGAUGUUUAAAACAGUAGACAAAGAAGGGAUUCCUGUCAGUGAUGGCAUAGAGCUCUUGCACAUGGUCCUGAACUUUGAUGUGAAGGAUCCACUCAUCCUCUCCUGCGUCCUCACUAAUGUCUCAGCACUCUUCCCAUUUGUCACGUACAAACCAGAGUUCUUACCCCAGGUCUUCUCAAAGCUAUUUUCAUCUGUCACUUUUGAAACUGUUGAAGAAACCAAGGCUCCCAGAACCCGGGCAGUGAGGAACGUGAGGAGACAUGCUUGUUCCUCCAUUAUCAAGAUGUGUCGUGACUACCCUGAGCUUGUGCUGCCCAAUUUUGACAUGCUUUAUAACCAUGUAAAGCAACUCCUCUCCAAUGAGCUCCUCCUGACCCAGAUGGAGAAAUGUGCCCUCAUGGAAGCCCUGGUUCUCAUUAGCAACCAGUUCAAGAACUACGAGCGUCAGAAGUUGUUCCUAGAGGAGCUGAUGGCACCUGUGGCUCGUAUCUGGCUUUCUGAGGAAAUGCGAAGAGCGCUGUUGGAUGUUGAUUCUUUCAUUGCCUAUGUGGGUGCAGAUCCGAAAAGCUGUGACCCCGCUCUGGAGGAUCCCUGUGGCUUGAACCGAGCGCGAAUGAGCUUUUGUGUCUACAGUAUUUUGGGUGUUAUAAAACGAACUUGCUGGCCUGCUGAUCUAGAAGAGGCCAAAGCUGGGGGAUUUGUGGUGGGUUAUACACCCAGUGGCAAUCCAAUCUUCCGCAACCCCUGUACAGAGCAGAUUCUGAAACUUCUAGACAAUCUGCUUGCCCUUGUAAGAACCCACAAUUCAUUAUAUGCACCAGAAAUGUUAGCCAAAAUGGCAGAGCCUUUUGCCAAGGCUCUAGAUAUGCUUGAAGCUGAAAAAUCUGCUAUAUUAGGAUUACCUCAGCCUCUCCUGGAGCUCAAUGACUAUCCUGUCUACAAAACAGUCUUGGAAAGAAUGCAGCGCUUCUUCAGCACUCUUUAUGAAAACUGUUUCCAUAUUCUGGGGAAGGCAGGUCCUUCCAUGCAGCAGGACUUCUACACUGUGGAGGACCUUGCCGCCCAGCUUCUCGGCUCAGCCUUCAUCAACUUGAGCAAUAUUCCUGAUUACCGACUCAGACCCAUGCUUCGGGUCUUCGUGAAGCCUCUUGUGCUCUUCUGCCCACCAGAGCACUAUGAAGCCCUGGUACCUCCCAUCCUUGGACCUCUUUUCACCUACCUCCACAUGAGACUUUCCCAGAAAUGGCAAGUCAUCAACCAGAGGAGCCAGCUGGGUGGAGAAGAUGAGCCCACAGAGGAAAAUCCAGAGUCUCAAGAGAUGCUAGAGGAACAGCUGGUGAGGAUGUUAACCCGCGAAGUCAUGGACCUCAUCACCGUUUGCUGUGUAUCAAAGAAGAGUGCCGACCAUAGCACAGCUCCCCCUGCCGAUGGGGAUGAUGAAGAGAUGAUGGCCACAGAAGUUACCCCUCCGCCAGUGGCGGAGCUUACAGAGCUGGGGAAAUGUCUGAUGAAGCAUGAGGAUGUUUGCACAGCAAUGUUAAUUACUGCCUUCAAUUCCCUGGCCUGGAAAGAUACCCUGUCCUGUCAGAGAACGACCACACAGCUCUGCUGGCCUCUCCUCAAACAAGUGCUGACAGGGACCCUACUGGCAGAGGCUGUCACAUGGCUUUUCACCAGCGUGCUCAAAGGUUUACAGAUGCACGGGCAGCAUGACGGGUGCAUGGCUUCCCUGGUCCACUUGGCUUUCCAGAUAUAUGAGACUCUGCGCCCCAGGUACAUAGAGAUCAGAGCUGUGAUGGAACAGAUUCCUGAAAUUCAAAAGGAUGCUCUGGACCAGUUUGACAGCAAGCUCCUGAACCCCUCCCUGCAGAAAGCAGCUGACAAGCGACGGAAGGACCAUUUCAAACGCCUCAUUGCUGGUUGUAUUGGGAAACCCUUGGGAGAGCAGUUUCGAAAAGAAGUUCACAUUAAGAAUCUCCCCUCACUUUUCAAAAAAGCAAAGCCAAUGCAGGAGACAGAGGUGCUGGACAGUGACGGGGGCAGCCUGGCUACCAUCUUUGAACCCUGAAUCAAGCUGUUGGGCAUCUUCCUCAGCCUUUGUCAUCUCUUCUUCCCUCUGUAGCUAAUCUCUAGCCCCUCUCACAAUGCCACCUCACUUUGCACCGUGAUCAGCCUGGAGACACACCCAGGUCUGGAGCAGCAGAGAGGGCCCUGUGCAGGGCCCCAGUAAUUCUACAAAAAGAGAGAGAUUUAGGGCUUUCUGUUGAGGUGUCCCAGGUAGUUCCCAUUCUACUUGGACUUGUGGCUUUUCUAAGAAAAGCUAGAGCAGAAUGGCCCUUCUCCUCAAGCCCUUUGCCCCCACGCAGAGUGGGAACUGGGGGAGCUGUGCCCAACACAGCAGCUUUGCAGACUCACAGAGGCUCAGCCCUCAACUCCUUGUGCCGGCUUCUCCUGGACCACUGCUAGUCCUGCUGAGCUCUGCUGCUGGGCUGGCGGGAACCCUUCCCCACCCCCAUGGGUAUGUCUGGAUUAGGUGCUAAGUGCUGAAUGCAAUUUGGCCAGUUCUCUCAUCUCGGUCUUGGGCAAGAAUCUGGUCACCUGAUGGAAUCUAUAUUACAAACUAUUGCUAAAGUCA